AUGGAAGACGGAAACAAGAAGAUUAAUUUUCAUUUUUCUGGGAAUCAUAAAAGAAAUACUCUGUCAAAUCAAUUGACUCGUUAUUUGAUACUCAGUGAUCCGGAUCUUGAAAAACUUAUUGGAAACUUAACGGGAUUGACUGAACUUUUGUUAGAUGGUGUAAAAAUAUCUGAACAUGGAAACAAGUGGUGUCGCACCUUAUCGUCUUCCCUCCCUAAAUUGCAAGUAUUAAGUUUAUCUGGAUGUGCUUUGUCAGGGCCUCUUGAUUCCUCUCUCUCAAAACUUCAAUCAUUACGCAAACUUCAUCUCGACAACAAUAAUAUCUCUGCUGAGGUACCAGAAUUCUUUGGGGAAUUUCUCAAUUUAACAUCAUUGCAUCUAAGUUCGUGUGGCUUGUACGGCGAUUUCCCGAAAAAAGUUAUUCAGUUGCAAACACUUCAAAGUUUAGAUUUAUCGCACAAUAGGCUUCUUGGUGGUUCUUUGCCAGAAUUUCCUACGGAUGGACUGCUUCAGGAGUUGCGACUGUUUUUCACGAGUUUCACAGGUGAACUACCGAACUCUAUUGGAAAUCUUGGACUACUAUCUACCUUAGAUCUCCACAACUGCCAGUUCAAUCGAUCAGUUCACACUUCCAUCUCAAAGCUUAACAACCUUCAAUAUUUAGACCUUUCGUUGAACAGCUUCACCGGUUACCUCGGUGAAGAUUUCAUUGGUUCUUCAUCUCCAUUGGAGUUCCUUGAUUUGAGUUACAAUCAAUUGCAAGGACGUCUCCCACCGUUAGUAUUCGAAUUCUCCAGACUGUAUCAUCUCGGACUUGUAUCAAACAGCUUCACCGGAAAGAACCUAAUCUUACCAGCAUAUCCAUCCGUUUUGGAUUACUCAUUGAACAACUUCACUACCAUUCCAAAUAUUUCUUCCCAGUUCAGAACCCUUAUGUUUUUCUCCCUUUCCAGUAAUCAAAUCAGUGGAGAAUUCCCAAUGUGGAUAUGUGAAUCUCAUGCACGUGGAGUUCUUGAUCUCUCAAAUAACAGGUUCAGUGGACCAAUACCCCCAUGUCUAUCAUUUGGCAGAUCUGGAGUCAAAAUUUUAAAUCUAGGAGGCAACAACUUCCAAGGAAUCAUACCUGAGUUUCACUUUGAAGAUUAUUGUGAUCUGGUAGUACUUGAGCUCAAUGGAAAUAAAUUAGAAGGGGAGCUGCCAAAAUCUCUUGCCAAUUGUACCAGCCUAGAGGUGUUGAACGUUGGAAACAAUCAAUUACAAGGAAGUCUACCUUCCUGGUUGGGUUCUAUGUCCAACUUGCGGGUUCUUAAGUUGCGGUCCAACAAAUUUUACGGUCCGUGGAGGAAUCGAGGAAUCAAGUGUAAUCACCCAUUGCUACAAAUUAUUGAUAUCUCCUUUAACAACUUUUCAGGUAGUCUACCUAAAGCCAUGAUGCAAAGAGUGCAAAUUACAAGCAAAGGGAGAGACAUGGAACUAGAUAAGAUCCGAAGAGUUUUCAAGAUUAUAGACUUCUCGAAAAAUGAAUUCGAUGGAGAGAUACCAGACAUCAUUUGUAAUUUCACAUUACUGUUUUGGAGCAAUGAUUGGUAUCAGUGCAAGGAGAUGCUCUUGGAUACGGGUAUUCAUAUUACAGUAAAAGUGAGGUAUACUUCUGAAGAUUACUUGAGCUCUGACAACAGUUGUGUUCAAGGAAAAUGCCUGCAUGAUCAGAGAGCUUUGCUAAUCAAGCUGAAUCAGAGUCUUUCUUAUGCUGGUUUUGAUCCCAGUCCAUUUAUAUCAAAGCGUAAUUCUUGGAGUUUAAACACUGAUUCUUGUUCUUCUUGGGAUGGCAUUGAAUGUGAUAUGGGUGGUCAUGUUAUCAGCUUUGACCUAAGUAGUGAAUAA